AAAGGCUCGACAGCUACUUUCCUAGUACAGACCAAGCGGAAGAUUGAACCUCCUCGAGUAUACGAAUGGCAGCUUCGAAGCUCCGGAGCUCGUGCUCCUUUCCGAACCUCCUCCUCUCGUGCCUCAGCCUCGUCCUCUUGAUCCUCUCCGCUGCCUCUCUCGUCCCGACAAUCGUCCUCCGGAUGCCUCCGACCUCCCUCGGCCUAGCUUUCCUCAUGGUAUCGUGCAUGUCCCUCGUCUCUUCCUUCGUCGGCCUCUGGUCCCACCUCACUCGGUUCUGCUUCGCUUCCCACAUUUCCCUCCUCCUAGCUUCGCUGGCGGGGCAGGUCCUUGCUGUCCUGGCUCUACUCACCAAGGAGCGGGCGAGUCUCUCGUUGUUUAGGUCCACAAGGGACCCGAGGGAGGCGAAGCUCCUGCUGAGGCUGGAGUGCGGGGCCCUGAUGGCGAUGGUGCUGCUACAGGGGGUGGUGCUGGCGUUGACGUGGAUGGUGCACUGUUGCUGGGUGAAGGAGUAUGAGGAGCUUGAGGCAGGGCGAGAGGCCACCGAGAGAAAGAGGAGUAGGAGGGCGAAGGUGGAGGACUCCAGCUUGAGCUACAAGGCAGAAAUUGCGGAUAUUAACACCAAGAAGAUCGAUGAUGAGAAGGUGGUGAAGUGGGUCAAAACGGAUUUUGAAGGCUGAAGAAAAACUUAACGCUACACUCUCUAUAUCAUGUACUGUCAUUUGCUUCUUGUUUGGUUGGAUUCGGUCACUAUACGGGUGCCCUUGGGUCCGAAGAUAUGUAAAAAGUAGACCGCUUAUUACUAUUGUCAUGCUGUGCUUGUGCAUAAGUCUUCACUUACGAGCCUGUCGUGUCAUGUCAUGCCUGUGCGUCUGGAUAUAUGUAAAAGAUCGACUGCUUAUUCCUAUAAUUAGAAACCAGACCUCUGCUGUUAUUUUAAUUCCAGCUUCUUCUGAGGCACCAAGCACUCGGCCUGAUAAUGAAGAAAGGAUAUGUAUUUUACAACAA